UGGCAAAAUAUCAAAAUGGCGGCUUCAUUUCGAGUGUUAUCAAGUCUGAGAAAUGUGCUUUCUUUGACCAGUUUUAAGCAAAACGUUCAUCAGAAAUUAUUCAGCCUUUGUUUGAGAACAAAUGGUUUUCACAGUUGGAGCCCAUGCUCGUGGAUGUUAGGAUAUCCAUAUCUUGAAGGUACAGAUCAUAAUUAGACUGCGAGCAGUCUCUUAUUUUUCUUUGCAAAGUUACUGCACGCGAAACCAAAGCACGCGAGUGGUGAGCGGCGAAGCCGCGAGCCGCGAUAAACAAGGGCGUAAGCCCGAGAAGAAAAAAUAAGAGGCUGCUGACUCUUUUGUACUCUCUGGGGAGAACGAAGCUGUCAGGGUAAUUUAAUUAACCAAUUAAACCCGAGUAACUUGAAACGGUUUAUAAAUAGAACAUAAACAACUGAAAAAGUAUUGAGUUCCUUUCCCUUGAGGAAAUUUACAGCAGUUUCCUUCUGUAAGAUAUCGCAUUCCUUAAGAGUUUUAGUUUAAAAGCGAUUACAGCUUGGUUCGCUAUUGUUUGUAGUUAGUUGUGAGGCGUGACUAUUUUUAUCGCUUGCAAUCUCACAACAGACCAGUCAAUGAUCUGUCAACAGCUGUAAAAUUGACCAAUCGGUUGCUGCGUGUCUGGGCUGACAGAGGGUUUGUUUACUACAGAAGUGUUUACAGUCCGUCUUUUCUCGUCUCGUCCCAAUCCCUCAUUGUAACAUAACAUCGUGGUUUGCAAUCAUGCUGGCUGAGAUAAGAUCUAGACGGAUUUUAACAGAAAAGGCAGACUGCACGCAGUCUAGAUCAUAAUUUACCUUGUCGAUGAAUUUGCUUUGCAUCAUUACAGCUGCAGAAGAAGUAGAUAAGUGCAAGCAAUGUAAGCUAAGACAAAAGUCACCUAGGCGAGCUAACUUUUUACUUAUUUCUUGAAAGUCAAAUGCAAAAUCUACAUCAACUGUUAAGACUUAUACAUCAAUAAAUAAUAGCAAGAUCAUGUCACAAGUUAAUGAGAUCAUGAGGCUUUUGUUUCCAUACUGAUGUUAACUGUCACUUGUAAGCUCUGUCACUUAUAAGCCCCCUGUCUCCCAGUUAUAGGCCCUGUGGUUGAGGCGUGAUAUUAAUGCAUCAGUCAAUUCCAGGUGCGCUCAUGCCGCACCAGGCAGCGGCACGGCAUUUGCCUGCCUUGUCAGUCCCAGGGGUGGAGCAUUAGCAACUUUUUUGCCACCUGGAGAUUGGGCAUUUGCCAACCCCAGUGCCACCCACAAGCUUUUGGCAUGCACAUGCAUUCCUAUCCAAACAUAACUAAAUAUGGGGGAUUUUACAGGAAACCAAGCAGAUUUGCAGAUUAGCUCAUAUGGCAAGUGUCCCCACCCCUGGGAAUUUGCCUUUCAAGGCCAAAAAAUGGUUGAGCCCCAGGGUUAGCCCGGGGGACAUGGACGCACCUGGAAUUGCAUAAAAUCAUGACAGAGGCUGACAAAGUGUCUUUUUUGAGAAUUUUAAAAUGGAAAGAUUGCAGCUUCUUGACAUAUUGGCUAAGAAGGAAAAGAUUGAAAAUGAGCUUUGCUCUGUAUUUGAAGGUUUUUAAGCAUGGUUGCCACAGGCCAGGAAAUGGGCGUGGAAAAAAGUUCUUCAAGGUCAGGGAAAAGUCAGGGAAUUUCACUUCAAAUCAAUGGAAAAUUUAAUUCAUUGAAAGAAGUCAGGGAAAGUGAAAUUUUAAUGGUACAUAUUAAUUUUCUACUUUCCCCUCCACAUUCAUUGUUUUCUAAAAUUUAAAAUUGUUGUGCAUUUUAUUUCAUGUUGUCUUGGUGCAAUAUUUUUCAUCAAAAUUGAACUACAAGCUGAUGUUGGGUUUCAGAAAAAUCUCUCCUUUUGCCACAUUAUGCUAUGAAGCUAUUAAUUCAUGUAUACUGCAUGUGACGUGCUGAAAGCAUAAAUAAAUGGAUGGAGAGGAUGGCUGUGAGAGAAUGGUUAAGUCCAUUACCAGAACCGAUUUGUGAAAAUGUCAAUUCAGUUGGUCAGGGAAAUUUUACACCUGUCGGGAGAUUUUACACCUGUCGGGGAAUUUCUGAAAACCUCUGGUUGUGGCAACCAUGUAUUUUUUUAAAUUUUAUUAUUAUACCCCCUUAAGCUUCAAUGACUAAACUUGAUUGAACAAUAUUUAGUACCUAAAGAAGUAAGGCUCAGAUACUGUUUUGCAGGUAUUAGGACUGUCAAAUGUACCAGGAUGGUUUCAAAUUUAACAUCAAACAGAGUUUUAAGUCCUGUAAUGGCUGAACUUCUGAAAAGUAUUCAAUAUGGUAAUUUCCUUGUUAUAGACUUAGCUUGCUUUUCUGUUAUUUAACUACAUGUUAAAUGGGAUGACCUUAUUGUUUCUCCUCUUGAUGCACUGGUUUUAAAGGGUAAUAAAGUUGAAGAAGUGUGAUGUCUAAGGCCUAGGCCAAACAUCGAACUUUUCACAGGAUGAACCAAACUCUAAUUUAGGUCGACCUAAAUUUAGUUUUAAAAGAUUGUCUGUUGGGGCAGAUGUCAAACUUAGGAUACAUUGAACCAAUCAACUGAAUCAGAUCAAAGAGCAAUUUUCAUAAAUUUUCUCCUCGAGGCUACAUUAUCGUACAAAUUUUUAAUUUAUUUAUUUUCAGUUUAGCUUGUCGCAUGUUAAGAUCAACAUUUGGCCCGGAGACUAUCUUCAGACGUUCUAGCCAUCUGAAGCAGACAGAUAGAACGUGUUGCACGAUCCAAACUCAUUCAGACGAACUUAACUGAGCCAGACGUAACUAGAACUUUUCAUGAACUUAACUCACUAAGUUUGGUUUGUCUUCUGAAAAGUGCAACGUUUGGCCUUGGCCUCACAUUUCUUAACUGUCUAUGACCGUUGUGAUCAAGUUUGGGGCUAAUUAGCAGACUAAAUGCAGAAAACUUGUGUGCUACCUGAUAUAAUAUUAUGAGGACAUCCAAAGUGAUGAAACAAUCAAAUAACCUGUGCAGUGAUAGUCUUCAGUUAAAGACUAAGGUGCUCACAUUUCCACGCAGAUGAACAAUUCUAAUAAAUUUCGAUCACAGCUUGUUGUUCUUGUUUGAUUCAUCUGUAUUGAUUUUAACUGAAAUUUUUUUCAGAAAUAAUAAAUGUGUCAAGCUCUAAAACAGGAGGAUUUUGUUUUCAUUAACUGAGUUGAUUAACUACUUUAGUUGAUUGAGGAGAUGACCUUUUGAGUGCAGUCCCAUGUCAGAGCAAAUUAGGGGAUUGUGGGUUGUGUGUGGUUUACAUACUGGAUGUUAGAGUUCUGCCAUUGGUGGGAACAAAAAGAGGAUGAAUUAUGUUUGGGGGUUUGACUUAAACUAGAAUAUAAUGGUAUGGUAUUAAAUCUUUGUCUUGUAGGACCUACAGCUCAACUUUUAGCAAAUAUUUUAUUUUUAAUGUCACCAGGCUUGCAAGGCAAAGCGAGCAUUAUUUUUAUCUCCUGGAAGUUAAAUUUGAGGUUUCUUUCUUGCUUGGCUUUUAGCAUUUAUGAAGUUGUUCGCGUGGCUUGUCUGUCGUGUACUUGGUUUGCUCAUGCCCCAUUUCUCCUGGGUUGUUUAAAACAAUCCUAUACCAACUAUGCGACUGACAAACCAUGCAAACGACUUCGUAAAUGCUAGCCAUGCAAAAGAAAAACCUCUGCUUGCAGAGUAGAUUUUUCCAGUCUCCUGGGAAAAAGGGAAGUGGUCAAAUCAUGUAUCACUGUACAAGAAACUGGGGUACAAUUAAACUGACUGGGAAAGGUGUACGUGUGUCGUGUACUUGGUUUGUUCAUGCCCCAUUUCUCCUGGGUUGUAUAAAACAAUCCUAUACCAACUAUGCGACUAACAAACCAUGCAAACGACUUCGUAAAUGCUAGCCAUGCAAAAGAAAAACCUCUGCUUGCAGAGUAGAUUUUUCCAGUCUCCUGGGAAAAAGGGAAGUGGUCAAAUCAUGUAUCAGUGUACAAGAAACUGGGGUACAAUUAAACUGACUGGGAAAUGGAGAUUAGUUUUGGUUAGAUUAAUAUUAUAGGGAGUUUUGAGAAACUGAUGCUUCAAGAAACUGGAAUUCUACUGUAAUAACGACCACCAGUGCACCGGUCAUAGAGUUAUUAUUAUUCUCUGACCAGUGCAGUGGUGAUUAUUGUUACAGUUGUUAGCAUUGAAGUUGAUGGUGAAAGCUGUGCACAAGACCUUCCUGGCUUGUUAUCUGGUUGAUAUUUCAUUGAGGGUUUUCAUUGAUUUAAGACACUUUACAUUAUCUUAUUACUGUUAUUGACUAUCCUACAAGCAAGCUUUCUGGAGCGCUCUAAUGGGGGCGGGUGCUGGAUUGGAAGCUACAGCAUGUACCCUUCCUUUUCUGCCUGCCCUGCUGGCAGAGUGCCCCAGAGAGCUUGCUUGCAGGCUAGUUAUUGACUGGUACUUUUGUAUUUUUUUGCUUGAGAUAGUGAAUAGUGUAGACAAAGCAAUACAGUCAUUUGCUUCCCUUUCUUUCAGGAAAAGAAAAAUGGAUGGACCAACAACAUCGCCUUUCUCUUGUGAAGAGAUAUGAAGAUGGAAUUAUUGAUCAUCAUUCAACGGAAUAUGAAAAGUGUGUUUCACAGAACCAAUGAUGGAAUUAUUUAAUAUUAACAGAAGAAAUAAAUUCUUCUUUUCCUUGCAAUGGCGGACAUACAUAAUGCAUUAUUUUGGGGGUAUUUAAGUGCUUCCUUUUGUAGACACUCACAGAUGAGUAGUUCCUUGUAAUUGCACAUAACAGAUAACAAUGGACAGACCUUAAGAUUUCAUUAUCAACUAAAUUUUAUUUUUCCAUGAAAUUUUAACUUAUGAGGAUUUAUGGCAUGUGAAUUUUGAUUUUUUUUCAGGUUGACUUUAGAACACUUUCAAGUUUUCUGGCCAGGUAUGCACAAACCAUGUCUUGUUAGUUUAAAUCAUGUCUGUUUUAUCAUUUUUUGUACAUCUAUAUGUUUUAAGUGUUAAACAAACUGUGUCACGAAAUUUGUCAAAAUUUCAAACAGUGGGAACUGUCACCAAACUGUGUGAAACAUAAAAAUAACUACUCAAAACAUUCAAAGAAGGUAUAGAUAAAACAGCAAAUAUAAAAGAAGAUGUGGAUGGACAAAUUUGAAGAAUAUUGAAAUGGAUUGCAAUAAUUAUUGUAGUUUUUGAAAACUUGUUAACCUAACAGUUUUUCAAAGUUCAGUUUUGUUGUUUGGAACGUUUUCGUCAUUUGAAUGUGAUUUCUCAAAAAUUCCAUAGUGGAUAAGGACGUGUGAUUUGUAUUGUCAACAAAAUGUACUAGAAAGUCGUGACUUAGCCUCUUUGACUUCAUUCCAGUUUAGUUUUUUUUUGUUUCUCUAUCUCUGAUUGUAAUAAGGAUGGAUUUAGAGAUACAUUUUAAAACAAAAAUUAACGACAUAAAGGAAACUUGAGUACAUUUUGAUGGCUUCCUGCCAUCAUUAUCAAAAGAUAAGAAAUUGACAUGAUUCAUGGUAAUUUUUAUCCAAGCGAAACUUUUCUUUGAAUGGUAAUUUGUCUAUUUUCAUGCUUAAUUUUGCAUGCACUUUUUGAACUUUCUUUUUCUAUGUUAAAUAUUACAACGAAUCAUGUUAAUUUGUUAUCUCUUGAUACUGAUGACAUAAAGCCAUUAAAAUGUCAAGGUUCUUUUUUAUGGUUAAUUUUUGCUUUAAAAUAUCUCUGAUUCAUGAUGAUAAAAACAGCCAGGGGAAAGGGAAAGAAAAAUCAAAUGUGGGACAGAACAGUGAUAACUACUGGAAUGGUGGAGAAGUUAUGAAUUGCUUUUUGGUUACUUGAUUUUCAUUGUUACAUUCUUUAAAGAUGGAGCUCCAAUUUGGAUAAAUUAUAGAAGAAAUUUCUUGGGCCAGUUUGCCCCAAAGGUAAUUAUUAUUUAUAUUUUAUUUAACUUUUGUGCUAGUAUUUUGCCACCUGUGCAGGCGCAUGCAGGUUAAUGAAAUUUUGCCUAGGCUUGAUUUCAUGUGAUUUUUUUUUUUUAUUUGAUUUUAUGUUAUGUUGCUCUUUGUUUCAAAAUGCAAUUAUACCUAAAAGCAUUAAACACUUCUGAGUAAACGUUUCUGUAGUUUAUUUUACUUGUCUAAUCUGACAGUUUUAUUUACAAAUAUUUGAAAAUUCAUCUCUUCUAAUUGCUUUUAUUUUAUGUAUACUGAAACCUUCUUUUCAUAAUUCUGUUCCAGAGAACUCGAGAAAGAUGCAUUGUAAGUGCUUAUUAACAGAGCUGUUCUCUUAGAGAAUGAAAAAGAAGUUUAAGUCAUAGUAUGUCCACUUGAUAAUAUGCAAAACCAACUUACGAUGAAGAAGGACUGAACGACAAUACAGAAACCUAUUGCGAUUAUCUUUUGUUUGUAGUUAUCUCUGUACUGAAUCAAAGACUUGUACAACACUACUAUCCUGUUUUGCAUUUUGCGUCUUUAAUUUUCCUCACUUGUCUAAACUAGACUCAUGUAUGUGGAGAUGAUAGGUAGAAAUAACCAAUUAUUAGCACAUGCAAACAAACUAUCUACUUUACUGGGUAAAUAAAAUCAUUUUAUUGUGUAUGUACCAUCCAGGCCCCAGUUGUUGAAAAGGUGGAUAAUGCUAUCCACUGGAUUACGCAAUUGGAUUCCCUAACACUCAUCUGCCGGAGAGCGAUUUAUCCGGUGGAUAGCGCUAUCCAACCUUUGGGUAAAUUAACAUUUGCUUCAAUAAUUCACAAGCGUGAAAAACAAAAUUACAGCAAUCAUUCCCUAACCCAAGAUAUGUUAUGUAAUAAGUAAUCGUUUGUGACAAUCUUCUUAAUUGUAGAGGCGAACCGUUGUCUGCAGUAAUCCUUGUCCGCUGUGUCAACUUAAAGCUAAGAAAAACUAUGACCUUGUCUAUACAGUGAGUAGUAUCAGUUGUUUAACCCUUUAACCCUUUAAGCCCCAAUAUCCACAUACAAAUUCUCCAAACUGAUCUCUAUACAUUUCCUUCAAGAAUAAGUUGAGAGAAUUUGAUAAAAGAUCGAGGCAAUUUCCCUUAGGUGAUCAUUUUAUUAAUUCUCAUAACGUAAUCUCUUGACAUUGUAUGGAUAUCGUUAGGAGAAAAUUGAUGUUGGUCACUAUUGGGACUUAAAGGGUUAAUAAUGAGAAGGGCAUUGCAACUGAGUGACUUUGGCCCUUAAUUACUGACUUGACUCCCCAAAUUACAAUCCACUAAUAACAACGUUGCACCAAAAGCUAAAAUUCUUGGAACAGUGUUUGGAUAAUGCUUACUAUGACUUUUUUUGCGGCAGCACGAUGCUAGUUAUUGAACCAGACAAACACCUCAACCAUCAAGCAGAACCAUAUGCACUUGUACAUAUACCACUUAUGAUGACAUCACGAUUAAUGGUUUAAUAUUACUUUGAUGCUGAACUUGCCGAAAUGUGCGCAAUUCUGACAAACAGGCCAAACUAGAAAAUUGGAGAUGAAACCUACCCACUACUUACUAACUUCCUAGAAAAUAUUUUCAAGUUCCUUGGUAUUUCAGUUUUGACACUUUUGUUUCGGGGAAGACGCCCUGUAAAAGCCUAACAGAAGAACAAAUAGAUAUAGUAAAGGAGACAACCAUAAAAUAGUGUGGACACUCCAAAAACCAUCUUCAGACUGCUGAAACUUAGAAAACUGGUAUUUUCGUUAACUUUUGCGCACCAGAAAUGAAAGGCAGCGUAGAACCAUGAUUUAAACAUCGUUUUUCGUGGUGUUGCUUCUUGUUGGUUAGGCACCAAAGUUUUCUGUUACUUUGUGUGAUGUGCAAAAAACAGAUAAAUUUGAAACCUUGUGCAUUGUUUUUUUCCAGGAUGUUGGUUUGUUGAGUCAGUUUAUCAGCCCAUAUACUGGAUUAGUUCUUGAAGUACAAAAAACAGGUAUUUUUGAACUGCAAUUUAUUUUCUUACAUUUACUUUUUCUUUACACCCCAAAAUGCACUUUAUUUGAGCUUCAUUUGAUGUUGGUGCGGCCCCGUGGAUCCAACCCUCGACUUCCCACUCUGCAAGGUCGUACUCUACCAACUGAGCUGAGCUGAUCCUGCCAGUGUUGGUCUUGUGUUGAGUGUGAAAGCAAUGGUCGGCUUGGUUUGUCAUCGUGGGUCAGUGGUGUAUUUGUCUGUAGCACCUCAUCUGUAGGCUCUAUGACCAGCCUAUGACCAGCCAUGGGCAAUUCCUUAAAUUGAUCAAUGUUCGAUGAAGACGCGAAUUUUGCCUCUUUUUAGGCUUCACAAGAUGUUGUAAGAGUUUGGAAGAUGGUUAGCGUUCUUUGAAGUUGUUUGAAUUUUUUUUGUUUUAACUGCUAGGAGAAUUCUGUGGCGCAGCUUUAGCAACAAUCUUGACGGCAUCGUUGUUUGACUGGUGCUUUAUCAUUUAAGAACUGGUCACCAAUACUUGCGUAAAUUGAUGAAUCAAAAGGUUCAAGGCAUCGUUUUAACGCUUGACUGGUGCUUUAUCUUUUAAGAACUGGUCACCACUACUUGCAUAAUUGAUAGGAUCGGGUAACUAACGGAAACAUGUUUUGGUUACAGCAGCUUUACUUCUUUUCUUUCCAUAAACCGGAGUUAUAGCAUGGGUCUGUCACUUGGUUCGUUCUAAGGCGUACGGAAAUGGGAACAAGUUUUUCUGAGACCAGACUAUUCACAAAAGAUGUGUACAAUCCAAUAAAACUGUCUGAAAUCCUCUCAUAACUCGUAACGAAUACAUGUGGCCGACUUGUUAUUUGUUUGAGUUAUAUGUACUACUUAAAUGACUAUAAAUUGAAAUUUACUCCCUUUUUUAUUAACUGUUUCAACCUUAAAUCAUGUCUCUUUUUUUUUAGGUGUUUGUCGAAGACAACAGAAACUUCUAUUGAAGGCAAUUGAAGAAGCGAAAGACAAAGGUAGGUACCACUCCUUUGGCUCCAAGAAUGCUUUCUCAGUCACUCUCACAGGCUUUAUGGUUGGCUGUAUCGAAUAGCAGACACAUCGAUUAGCUCAGUUAUUCUCUGCUGAUGUGUGAGAGAUUAUAGAUCCAGUGUGGUAAGAAGGGAAGCACAGAUCGUGCUUCUGCAAUAGCCAGCCCGCCCUCUCACAUGAACACAUCAAAAAUUUUACAAAGGAUUUAGAGUUUAAGCGAGAUCUCGGAAACCGGGCUCAUGUGAAGAGGCCCUUAGACUGCUGGCAGUACUCCAGGAUACUUGCGCGAGCGAAGGAAACAAUGGCGAGCCGAGGGGAAACUGGGGAAAAGGCGAGAUGCGAAGCCUGGUUCCCCUGUCGGUCCGUUCGCUCUGCCUGGACUCAAUUGGCUGAAAGAGAAAUGCUCACAGUCAUCGUCCAUGUACAUGUACAUGUAAAACUGCCAUGUUUGUUUUGAUCGUUACGUUAAAUAUCAUCAAUCUAUUUUAAUUCUUUCUUUCAGGUGUUCUCCCUUUUACGGUUCCUGGUCCACGAGAUCCUCCACGGCGCUUCAAGCCUGCUGGAGUACCGUUUAGUGUUAGAAAUAAAACGUGAAGAAAAAAGAUUAGGGAAAAGAAUAAGGAAAAUAUUCAUAAAAACCGUUGAAUUGCAAACAUGCGAAAAGGAC